CCUCUGCCUGCAAGAUCCUGUCCCUUUGACGUCCAAGUCCUGUGUCAUCGCUAAAGACUGUGAAACAUCCGAGUGGUCCACGUGGAGCUCCUGCUCGCGGACCUGCGGCUGGGGAGAUCUCACCCCAGGCUUUCGGAGCCGGCGCCGCAGCGUGCGGAGCGUGGCGGUGGGCACCGGGAAGCAAUGCCCAGAGCUGGAAGAGAGGGAAGCGUGCAGCGUGGGAGGAAAAGAGCUGCUGCAACCUUGCCCCAGGUUUGCCUGGAGGGCGUCUGAAUGGAAAGCUUGCCAAGUGUCUCUCCUCCUUGACCAGCAGGACCCUCGCUAUCACAAGCACACAGGCCUGUGUGGCGGUGGCAUACAAACCCGGGAGGUCUUCUGCGUCCAAAUCACCGUGGAACUUGGGAUGCACCGUGUGAAGGAAGUUACUAGACCAGUUGAUGGGAAGCUUUGCCUGGGUCCUGCUCCCUCCAGCUCCCAGCUGUGUUACCUGCCGUGCCCAUCUGCCUGCGUGGUGUCCGCCUGGUCGGUGUGGGGUCCCUGCCUGCCCGAGAACUGCCAGGACCACCACGGAAGAAGAGGUUUUAGAAUGAGACAAAGGCAAGUGAUCGUGGAUCCGGUAGGCACCCUGGCAGCUUGUCCGCAUUUAAUUGAAUCUAUUCCCUGUGAAGACCCGGUGUGUUAUGAGUGGAUUGUUUCAGAAGGAGUAUGUGUGACUCACCAUGGAAAAUGCGGUCCUGGAAACCGCGUCCUGAAAACUACAUGCAAGAACAAGAAAGGUGAAGAAGUACCUCACCACCUGUGCUCAGAGCUUCCCCGUCCUGACGUUGUGGCUUGUGAAGUCCCUUGUGCAAUGGACUGCGUCAUCAGCGAGUGGUCCCCGUGGUCCCCGUGUUCCCACUCGUGCUCCAGUAAAAAUGCUGAGGGUAGUCAAAGCAGGAGUCGGUCCAUCUUGGCCCUUCCAGCCGAGGGUGGAAAAGCCUGUCCUCCUGACCGAGCCCUGCAGGAGCACCGUGCCUGUAAUGAUCACCCGUGUGUGCAUUUCUUCUGGGAAACUUCUCCCUGGAGUUCCUGCUCCGAAGAUGCGCUGGUAACUGCACUCAAUGCAACCAUUAAUUGGAGUGGAGAAGCCUCUUGUGGAGUGGGUGUACAGACAAGGAAAGUCCUCUUUUUUUUUGGUUCUGGCCAGGUCACACCUAAAAGAUGUCCAGAGUCCAUCAGACCUGAGACCGUGCGGCCAUGUCUCGUCCCCUGCAAGAAAGACUGCCUUGUUACGCCUUUCAGCGAGUGGACUCGCUGCCCAACAGCGUGUCAGCCUGGUAAUGCCACUGCAGUUAAGCAGUCCCGGUACAGGAUUAUCGUUCAGGAAUCUGCCAAUGGGGGACAGGCAUGCCCAGACACCCUGUAUGAGGAACGAGAAUGUGAAGAUAUUCCCAUCUGUCCAGUGUAUAGGUGGAAGGCCCACCGAUGGAGUCACUGUGUGCUGGUGCCGGAUUCGGAGAGACAGACUGUGCCGGGACACACUGAGGCAUGUGGACAUGGUUUGCAGUCAAGGGCUGUUACGUGCCUGUCGGAGCACAACGACUCUGCCGAUGUCGGUGACUGCAUGCAGUGGGCAGGAGCUAUGCCGCCUCUUGUACAGGAGUGUCUUGUUCCCUGCAGAGAUGACUGCACGUUUACCCCCUGGUCUAAAUUUACAGCAUGCUCCUUUGACUGUGAAUCAACCAGAAGCAGGAGACGGUCACUCACAG